CUGCCUAUCAAACACAUGAGGAAUUUCCAACCCAAACCGGUAGACUCACUUCAUUCACCAUUGUUCUGGUCCCUCAGUGAGAGCUCUGCAAAAAUGAACUGGAAUCAGAUCAUCUUCAUCUCUUUGAUUGCAACGGUUUUAAUACUGGCAAUUGCCAAUGAAGCUGAAAGUGCAGCUGUCCGAACUGACAAGUCAGACAUUAAGAGAGAGGAUGGGGAAAAUAUGAAAAAGAGGAUCUUCAUGCAGGAAUCUGAAGCAACCGCCUUUUUAAAACGACGUGGCAGGAGAUCCACAAAGUCCAAGGAUGAAGUGAAUGCUGAGAACAGGCAGAGACUAGCUGCGGACGAGCGCAGGAGGGAGUACUAUGAAGAGCAGAGAAAUGAAUUUGAAAACUAUGUAGAGGAGGAGCGUGACGAGCAGCAGGAGAGAAACCGUGAGAAGACUGAACAGUGGCGUGAAUACCACUACGACGGCCUCUACCCAUCUUACCAGUACAACCGCCACCACAUUUAAACCCUGCACUGAACACAAUCGCCAAAAAAGGACAUCAUGCCAGAGAUCUACAUCUCACUAAAAUGUGCGGAUACACAUGUUUAUAAUAUUUAAAACAAUUAAGCAUACCAUAUCAGCUUUAAGAAGGAAGAAAAAAAAAAGUAUAUAGCUUUUGAUAGUGCAUUGCUUUAGCUAAUAUAGCCAUUUCAGCCUUCAGAAACUUGUUUUGUAAAAAUUUAACUAGACUGAUAUCAAAUAUUGUAAAAUAUGUAGAUUUAAAGGCAAUGGUGUAUUAAUGGUUUUUGUAUAAAGGUAAAAAUUUAUGGCACAAGCUCUAAGAAAACAAAAAGUUUAUCUAGCUGUGUAAAAAAGGUUCAAGGCAGUUUAUGCUAGAGGUUGUGAAAAUUGAUUCUUUUGAAAUGGAGGACUCAAUAAAAUUAUCUAAAGUGUAAAGCUGUGUGAAGGUACCUAAAUCAUGUCUUGAACUGAUAGGCUUAUUGUUUUUUUUAAUUAACUUUUGAAAAUGACAUUAGAUGCAGUCAUCUUGUUUGGACAUCUUUGUGCUUAUAACAUAAUGUGAUGUGAAGACUUAUUGUAUACAGUCUGUAUUACAAACCAUGUAUAAUAAAUACUCUAACCUCAGCAAA